AUGAUCAAGGCAAAUAUCAAUUGGAGAACAUUUUACUUAUGUACAAUAAUAUUUCGAUUUGUGUUAGCAUUAUCUGAUUCAUAUAUCCAUCCUGAUGAACAUUUCCAAAGUUUUGAAGUGUUAACUAGUAGGAUAUUGGGGUAUGCCACUAAUAUACCCUGGGAAUUCCAACUGAGCUCCCCAGCAAGAAGCUUUGGUCCUUUAUACUUGAUAUAUGGUCCUUUAUUAUAUAUCAUCAAGCUCUUGAACCUUCAAUUGACACCAAUUCAAAUUUGGUAUUUGGCUAGACUCCAAAUUACCGUGUUAAGUUGGGUAAUCACUGAUUCAUGUUUGUAUUGGAUGUUGCCUACAAAACCAGAAAGAAUAAAGGCGAUAUUUUUUACUCUGACUUCAUACAUUACCUUAGUCUAUCAAUCCCACUUAUUUUCAAACAGUAUCGAAACUGUGCUUGUUAUAUUGGCUAUUUUAAUCAUUGAUGAUUUAAGAUAUGUACACGAGUCUAAAGAACGGGAAAUUCAACAGUUGAACAAGUCAAGCAGUUUGUUUUGGUUUGGAGUGAUUGUUUCUAUUGGAAUAUUCAAUAGAAUUACAUUCCCGGCAUUUUUGAUAUUGCCAAGUUGGUUCCUUUUAAACUAUUUACUAGCUCAUCCUGCAAGGAUGGUAUUUCCAGUUAUUGGAUUUGCUAUUCCUACCAUCUUGUUCAUUGCAAUUGACUCAAUAUGUUUUGGAAAAGCAACCGUUGCCCAAAUAUUAGACUCUCCUUUGGAAUGGUCCCACUACCUGAUUACCCCACUUAACAAUUUGCUUUACAACAGCAAAUAUGAAAACUUGGUCCAACAUGGAAUCCAUCCUUAUUAUACACACAUAUUAGUCAAUCUCCCCCAGAUACUCGGUCCAGGAUUAAUAUACUUAUUUUCAAAAACAUAUAUAAGAACCAUCCCAUUCUUAAGUCUACUCAGUGCAGUUGUCUUCUUAUCAUUUGUUCCUCAUCAAGAAUUACGAUUCUUAGUACCUAUGGUUCCCUUAGCAUGUUGUUGCUUUGAUUUGACUUCAAAGAUAGUGAGACCAUGGAUGAUGAAAGUAUGGUAUUUGUUUAAUAUAGCAAUGGCAAUACUCAUGGGAGUAUUGCACCAAGGAGGAGUUGUACCUGCAUUGACGUAUUUCCAACAACAUCAACAAAGUUCUGUUCAGAUAUGGUGGAGAACUUAUUCACCUCCUUCUUGGUUGUUAGCAAGCAAUUCUACUGAGACUAUUUCACUUACAGAUCAAGCUGACUUUCUGAAGACAAUCAAUAUUAUUGAUGCUAUGGGAGACGAUAUCGAGAAAGUGAACGACAAAUUUAUUUCCCUUCCUCGAGACAAACCAAUAUACCUUAUUACUCCAAUUGCUUCAUUCAGACAUUUCAACUCAUCACAAUUCCAGCCUAUUUGGAAUCACACAUUACAUUUAGACAUGGAUCAUUUAGACUUUACAAAUUGGGAGUCAUUACAACCGGGAUUGGGAAUUUAUCAAUUACUUUAA